AUGUCUGAUUUGUGCUUGUAUGAUUUAGAAGACUUAGUUUGGGAUGACUUUAGCCACAGUGAUGAUCAUAUAGUUCCUCAUUCUGGUACUGGACGUGCAGUUGAUCAUUCCAUUCUGGGUGAUAGCCACAAGAAACCUUGCUGUGGAAUAGCAAGCUUUUCAAAUAGUACUGGGGAUAUAUCUUCGGUUGGGUAUGUCCAUCCGGGAAGAGAUCAAAGGGGAUUUCCGUCACUGAAUAAAAGAAAGUUCACAAUGCUGGAAAAUGAUUCCUGGUGCAACACGCCAAGUGGCGUAUCUCCAUCUGAAAGUAACUCCAUCAGAGAGGCAUCAAGUGUAGCCUCAGAAAACACCACAUCAUCUCAUUAUGCCUCAAAAAGCAAUAAGACUGAGUCAAAGAAUCAUGAAACUUGUGCAGAUGAUAACACUCUUAGUGACAAGAACACCGAUAACAGCUCUUUUGGCAAAGCUUUUGGUGACACUACGCACCCAGGAAAUAAUCUCAGUUUUUUUGAGAAUGCAGAGAACACAGAUUCAACUGAACUUUUGUUUUAUGGUUGGCCGGAAAUUGGAAACUUUGACGAUGUUGACAGGAUGUUUAGUAGUUGUGAUUCGACAUUUGGGCUUGGUGCCAGUAAAGAAGACGAACUGGGAUGGUUUGAAUCUGCAGAUAACAUAGGAGGAUCUGGAGACAUAGUCAAGCCCGAGUUUGAGUUUCCAUAUCCUAAGCCAAAUCCAGUGGAAUAUAAUCCACAACGCCAUGACUCUUCCAAGAAUGAUUUCAUCAACGAUUUUUCCAUGAUGGGGGACGGUUCUUGGAUUUCAGAGAAAUCUGAUUCAUACAUGUCUUUUGUGAAUGGACCUGCUAUGGUCAACAGCAAAGAUAGUUUUAUCCCCAAAGAACAGAUCAGCAACAACAAAAAUCAGGUUAAGCUACAGGCCCAGUACCAUAAAACAAAAGAAACCUAUUUGGAAAAUGGUAGUUUCAAUUAUACGAUUGACCUACCCAAUGAAGCAAUGCAGCUCCCUCUAUCUUACGUGCACUCGAACAACAGCCCUUCUUCUGAUCUUACCUCGAUAAAUCCGGCUCCAUCAUCUGUCAAAUCUGAGGCUCAUGGCUUGAUAUCCCCAAGAGAUCUUUCCCAUGCAUCCUUCCAAUUGCCCAAUGACCCUAAAUUUCCUAUGGCUGCUCCAACCGUGGCUGGAAAAAGAGAGAAGCUACAUAAUCGUCAAGGAAAGCAAGGACAGUAUUCUGGAGACAAAUCCGAGAAACAUGGUGAUCCUGGUGGUGCGAGCCUUUUAAUUCCGGCGGAGUUAGGUUCCUCACAUAUACAUGAAAGCUCAACAAUGAGUUAUGGCGUGGAUGAUGUUUCGCAGGAAGCUGCCAGUUUUCGACAGCUUAAGCUUGUUAUGAAACAGCUGGAUUUGAGAACAAAGAUAUGCAUAAGGGACAGUUUGUACCGUCUGGCCCGAAGUGCCGAACAGAGGCACAACCAUGCAAACUUGAAUGAUACUGGUGGGGCUGAAAGAGAUGCUGGUGGAGUGCUGUUGCCUGCAGGGGCAAACAAUUUCUUGGAUAUGGAAACAGAUACGAAUCCAAUAGAUCGCUCAAUAGCCCAUUUAUUAUUUCACAGGCCUCCGGAACUCCCCAACACGAUUCGUGGAUCGGUCACAGACCCACUUGUGAUGGUCGAUAUGAUCACUUGUGAAGAAAAUGCCUCCAAAAUAGUGAAUGACACUGACCGCUAA